AUGGCUGUUCCGGGAGCCGCGGGAACACACUGGUACCGGUACUGGAUCCACAUCAGUGGCAACCAGCACCUGGAGGCAGGCCUCGAACCCAGCUCCUUCCAACAUGGCUCAGGAGUCUUCAGUGGGUCUCCAAGGGACAGCAGGGCCGUUCCCAAGGCUCCGGAAAAUCCCAGGAGUUUGUCAGCUGUUGGCCCUGAGGGGGCUUUCCAUGGGAUUUUCGACAGGACCAUAGGUUGGGUAAGCACUAGCCACCGUGGCCGCCGGGGCAGAGUCCUGGCUACAGGCCACAUCCCGGGGACCGCGCGCCGCGAGGCCAAGCUCCCGCUUUGCUCCCCAAGCAUCCCGACCUUGACUAGGGAGGCCCGCACCCUCGCAGGGGUCAGCCCGCACCCCUCCAAGUCCCUGGGGCAGCGGCAGCGCUGGUCCGCCCCUUCCCCCCGCCCCGGCCGCCCUUCCGUGGCCGUGCCGGGGAGCGCGCCGCUCGGCUGUCGCGUCCUGAAGACGUGGCAAAUCCACUCUGAGGACCUGCCGCGCUGGGGCUUCGGGAACCGGCCCCCUGACCACCACCGGUGGGCCUGGCUCCUGGCACCGGGAAACUUCCUGGCGCUCCGAGCCCCGGGAGCUCAUUGGACGGCGGCGACGCCACUCCCGGGUGUUCAGCAGCGUCACUACAGUCCAAAGUGGAACGUAAUCUCCAAAAGAAACUGCAGGGUCAGCCGCCAUCACGCUAGCCUGUCCUCCCGGCUCUGGCAGUCACUAGCCCUUCCGUCUCGUGGUCCCCUGUCUUGGCGCAGCGAACACGGCUCUCCGCCAUCCACUUCCUGUUUCCCUGGGGACCCUGUCCUUCCUCAUCUGACAUCCUGUUCUCGUAUCUUGGCUGGCUGUGCUGUUUGCUUCAAGCAGGAAAGCAAAUCUGGUCCCUGUGACCCCAGUCUGGUGAGAAAGGGAGGCAACAAGGGCUGGUGGGAGGCAGGAGCAGUGACAGGACAAGGGGGAACCGGCCACAUGUGUCCUUGAGUGACCAGGGGCGGGGUCAGGGGUAUAGGUGGAAAGGCCCUGAUAAGCACUGCCUAUUCGCCAAGGAGAGAUGCUCUGGUCACAGAGCAGGUUGCAGAGGUAGAAUGCCAAGCCCGUGGACCAGCCGCCUCUUAAUGGAAGAACCCAGAGUGCAGACAACACCCACCCAUGUGGCUCUGCAGCUUGAACCCAGGUCAGGCUCACGUCUCUGCGGUGAUGGCCCAGGUUCAUUGAGCUGACACUUUGGGCUUCCAUCCCCUUGGACCUGCAGGCCAUCCACGCAGAAGCCUGCUGAUGGCCAGGCUUCCUGAGUUGCCAAGCCUUACAGUACCGGACAUGGGACAUCGCUCCGUGAACACGCAUGUCUGUGAGACCUGUGUCCUGGGACCAUGAAGAAGGCCUCUGCCCAUUGUGCCCACAAUGCAAGGGCCUAGAAUGGCAGCCUUUUCUUUCCCCCUCCCUGAUCACUGGGAGAGGGAGAGGCUCCCAGCUCCCUGCUC